GGCGAGAAGGCAGGCCCCCGGCGGCCCGGCCGCGGAGUCCCGGGCGGUCGCGAAGAGGGUUAACCCAGUGUCGGGCGGCGCGGCUCGCAGAGCCAGCCCCGCGGCCGGCUUAUUGGGCCAGCGCGCGGAGAGACAGGGGUCUGCAGCAAAUCACAAACUAAUUGAUUAAGGCGAGCGGGUUUGAAUAGCGCUGGCCCGGUGCCAAUCGCCUUUCAAAGAGCCCCUCUAUGAUUAAUCGCAAUGCAUUAUUGAUAAUCAUAAUUAUAGCAGGACACAUGCGCGCUGCGCCCGGGGCCGGGGAGCCGGGGAGGGGGCGGGCGGGCCGGCGGGCGGGGGGAGCCGCCGCCGCCGCCGCCGCUCGAUUUCCGUAAUUUUGAGAAGAUUUUUUUUUAGUAAUUUUUUAUUCUGCCCCAGCUGAUGUUUGAGCCAGCAUGUCGCGGAGGAAGCAAGCGAAGCCUCAACAUUUCCAAUCCGACCCCGAAGUGGCCUCGCUCCCCCGGCGAGAUGGAGACACAGAGAAGGGUCAACCCAACCGCACCACUAAGAGCAAGGAUGCCCACGUCUGCGGCCGGUGCUGCGCCGAGUUCUUCGAAUUGUCAGAUCUUCUGCUCCACAAGAAGAACUGUACUAAAAAUCAAUUAGUUCUCAUCGUAAAUGAAAGUCCAGCCUCCCCACCUGAAACCUUCUCAAGCCCCAGCCCCCCUCCUGAUCAUCCCCAGGAACAAAUGAAUGACACGUCUAACAAAACAGAGCAAGCAGAGUGCAGCGACCUGGCGGAAGCCCAGGCACCGGCCAGGGACGAGUCCAUGGAGGUGGAGGCCCCGGCAGCUCCCAAAGGCACCAGUGGGCCCCUGAGCGGCGGUGGGGACGGCAGCGUCCCCCCUAGCUGCAGCAGCAGCAGCAGCUCCGGGGCAGGUACCUCAGCGAUCACAACCUCUCUACCUCAACUCGGGGACCUGACAACACUGGGCAACUUCUCCGUGAUCAACAGCAACGUCAUCAUCGAGAACCUCCAGAGCACCAAGGUGGCGGUGGCCCAGUUCUCCCAGGAAGCGAGGUGCAGUGGAGCCUCGGGGGGCAAGCUGGCCGUCCCGGCCCUGAUGGAGCAGCUCUUAGCUCUGCAGCAGCAGCAGAUCCACCAGCUGCAACUGAUCGAACAGAUUCGUCACCAAAUAUUGCUGCUGGCUUCUCAGAACGCAGACCUGCCAACCUCUUCCAGCCCUUCCCCAGGUACUUUACGAACAUCUGCCAACCCCUUGUCCACCCUCAGUUCCCAUUUAUCUCAGCAGCUGGCUGCGGCAGCUGGGUUAGCACAGAGCCUCGCGAGCCAAUCUGCCAGCAUCAGCGGUGUGAAACAGCUCCCCCCCAUCCAGCUACCUCAGAGCAGUUCCGGCAACACCAUUGCCCCCCCACACAGCGGCUCUUCCCCCAACGUUCACAUAUUGGCGGCGGCAGUUCCCACCCCAUCCUCGGAAAAAGUGGCUUCGAGCGCGGGCGCCUCCCACACCAGCAACCCCGCGGCCUCUGCCUCAUCCUCACCAGCUUUUGCAAUAAGCAGUCUGUUGAGUCCUGCAUCUAAUCCACUUCUACCUCAGCCGGCCCCCGCUAACUCGGUUUUCCCCAGCCCUUUGCCCAACAUUGGAACGACAGCAGAGGAUUUAAACCCCUUGUCCGCCUUGGCCCAGCAAAGAAAAAGCAAGCCACCAAAUGUCACCGCCUUCGAAGCCAAGAGCGCUUCAGAUGAGGCGUUCUUCAAACACAAGUGCAGGUUCUGUGCUAAGGUCUUCGGGAGCGACAGUGCCUUGCAGAUCCACCUUCGCUCCCACACCGGAGAGAGGCCAUUCAAGUGCAACAUCUGCGGGAACAGGUUCUCCACCAAGGGGAACCUCAAAGUCCACUUUCAGCGCCACAAAGAAAAGUAUCCUCACAUCCAGAUGAACCCCUACCCCGUGCCUGAGCAUUUGGACAACAUACCCACCAGUACCGGCAUCCCCUACGGCAUGUCCAUCCCUCCAGAAAAGCCGGUCACCAGCUGGCUAGACACCAAACCCGUCCUGCCCACCCUGACCACUUCUGUCGGCCUGCCGUUGCCCCCCACCCUCCCGAACCUCACCCCCUUCAUCAAGACCGAAGAGCCAGCCCCCAUCCCCAUCAGCCAUUCUGCCGCCAGCCCCCCGGGCUCCGUCACAAGCGACUCCGGGGCCCCCGAGCCGGCCGUGAGAAACCCAGGUGGGCUCCCGGAGGAAGCGGAAGGCCCCACUGCGCCCCCUUCCCGCGGCAAAAGCGAAGAGAGCGGUAUGGCCCCCAGCUCGGCCCCAGCCCCGAACGCCGGCGUGCUGAGCUCCCUAGCGUCUGACGGCGGUCCGGGCAGUGCCUCGACUUUCACCAACCCUCUGUUGCCGCUCAUGUCGGAGCAGUUCAAGGCGAAGUUUCCUUUUGGGGGCCUCUUGGACUCAGCCCAGGCCUCAGAGACAUCCAAGCUUCAGCAACUGGUCGAAAACAUUGACAAGAAGGCCACUGACCCCAAUGAGUGCAUCAUCUGCCACCGGGUCCUCAGUUGUCAGAGCGCCUUGAAGAUGCACUACCGCACCCACACCGGGGAGAGGCCCUUCAAGUGUAAGAUCUGCGGCCGGGCUUUCACCACGAAAGGGAACCUGAAGACCCACUAUAGCGUCCAUCGAGCUAUGCCCCCGCUCAGAGUCCAGCAUUCCUGCCCCAUCUGCCAGAAGAAGUUCACGAACGCCGUGGUCCUACAGCAGCACAUCCGAAUGCACAUGGGGGGCCAGAUCCCCAACACCCCGGUCCCUGACAGCUACCCCGAGUCCAUGGAGUCCGACACGGGCUCCUUUGAUGAGAAAAAUUUUGAUGACUUAGACACCUUCUCUGAUGAAAACAUGGAAGACUGUCCCGAGGGCAGCAUCCCGGACACGCCCAAGUCCGCAGACGCGUCCCAAGACAGCCUGUCUUCCUCGCCUUUGCCUCUAGAGAUGUCGAGCAUUGCCGCUUUGGAAAAUCAGAUGAAGAUGAUCAACGCCGGCCUGGCAGAGCAGCUGCAGGCCAGCCUGAAGUCAGUGGAGAACGGGUCAGUCGAGGGGGACGUCCUGACCAACGAUUCGUCCUCAGUGGGUGGGGACAUGGAAAGCCAAAGUGCAGGCAGCCCGGCUAUCUCAGAGUCUACCUCCUCCAUGCAGGCUCUGUCCCCAUCCAACAGCACCCAGGAAUUCCACAAGUCACCCAGUGCCGAGGAGAAGCCGCAGAGAGCAGGGGCAAGUGAGUUUGCCAAUGGUUUGUCUCCCGCCCCAGUGAAUGGUGGGGCUCUGGAUUUGACAUCUAGUCACACAGAGAAAAUCAUCAAAGAAGAUUCUUUGGGAAUCCUCUUUCCUUUCAGAGACCGGGGUAAAUUUAAAAACACUGCUUGCGACAUUUGUGGCAAAACCUUUGCUUGUCAGAGUGCCUUGGACAUUCACUACAGAAGUCAUACCAAAGAGAGACCAUUUAUUUGCACAGUCUGCAAUCGUGGCUUUUCCACCAAGGGUAAUUUGAAGCAACACAUGUUGACACAUCAGAUGCGGGAUCUACCAUCACAGCUCUUUGAGCCCAGUUCCAACCUUGGCCCCAAUCAGAACUCGGCGGUGAUACCCGCCAACUCGUUGGCGUCUCUCAUCAAGACAGAGGUCAACGGCUUCGUGCAUGUGACUCCUCAGGACAGUAAGGACACCCCCGCCAGUCACGUCCCUUCUGGGCCUCUGUCAUCCUCCGCCACGUCCCCAGUUCUGCUUCCAGCUCUGCCCAGGAGAACCCCCAAACAGCACUACUGCAACACGUGUGGUAAGACCUUCUCCUCGUCGAGUGCCCUGCAGAUUCAUGAGAGAACUCACACUGGAGAGAAACCCUUUGCUUGCACUAUUUGUGGAAGAGCUUUCACAACAAAAGGCAAUCUUAAGGUACACAUGGGCACUCACAUGUGGAAUAGUACCCCCGCCCGCCGGGGUCGCCGGCUCUCUGUGGAUGGCCCUAUGACAUUUCUAGGAGGCAAUCCCGUCAAGUUCCCAGAAAUGUUCCAGAAGGAUUUGGCGGCCAGGUCAGGAAGUGGGGAUCCUUCCAGUUUCUGGAAUCAGUACGCAGCCGCGCUUUCCAACGGGCUGGCGAUGAAGGCCAACGAGAUCUCCGUCAUUCAGAAUGGGGGCAUCCCUCCAAUUCCUGGAAGCCUGGGCAGUGGAAGCAGCUCACCUAUUAGUGGGCUGACGGGAAACCUGGAGAAGCUCCAGAGCUCAGAGCCCAGCGCACCCCUGGCUGGCCUGGAGAAGAUGGCAAGCAGUGAGAACGGAACCAACUUCCGUUUCACCCGCUUCGUGGAAGACAGCAAAGAGAUCGUCACAAGUUAAAGGCCCUUUGGCUGGAGAGGGAGCAUCCCCCAUUCAGAAUGAGACCCACGGUUGCUUCCUCCUCCUUGCCCUGUCCCUCCCAAACCUUCUGGUUCCCCCACAGCGCCCCCCCCCACCCCGCCCAGAUCUCUGAACUACAACCUUCUGAAGACAUUCUUUUGUACCUUGUUCAACUUCUAGAGUUCUAAGAAAGCUUAUUUAUUAGUGAUAUAACCUGGCUUUGCAAACAGAAUGCAAGCGUUAACUUUGGUCUUCUGUAUUUUUGGACUAAAUACUAAUUGACUAGAGUCCUGUAAACUUGCUGUAACAUUUAUGGCAAUUGCAAGUUGCCCUGCUAGGCGGUCUUAAUCUGGCAUUAACUUAUUUUCUAUAUCCAGUUUAAUAUGAAUCUGGUGUUGAUGCAAUGCCUCAGUGAUGCAUUAGCUCUCUAAUAAAAUCUGUAUAUAAAUGUAUACUUUGAUCCUGCUGGAAAAUUUUAUCAGCAAACACAUUGUCUAAUCUUUCAAAACAAAUUUAAGGAAAGGACUGAAAGUACAGACUGAACUGUGUGGUUCUUUGAAAGGUUUGGGUUUUUUUUGGGGGGGGGGUUUGUUUUGAUUCUAAAAUUCAACCUGCUUUUUUUUUUUUUUUUUGUAGAUUUAACCCUUUCCGUUUUGAACUGCUAUUUGUAUUGUGCUUUUUACUUGAGUCGUCCUCAAUGUUAAUAAGUUUCUGUACAGUGAUAAGCACGCAGAAUUCUUUAGAGAAAAAUACAAGUGUUGUUUUGGUAGUUGAAACUAAGACGUAACAUUUUGCCUUGUAGGUAUAUUCACAAUAGAAAAUGUGUGCUGGAAUUUCACAAUGCUGCUAAGAAUAGCAUCUUGAACAACCUUCAGUGGAGAAAAUGUAGAUGCUCUUGUAUAUAUAAAAAGAAAUAUCACUUUCAUUAAAAUGUACAUAUGUUCCUUACAAGAGCAAAUGCUUCUUCUUGAUCAAGAGAGCAGGUAUAGUGUUUGUUUAUUUUGUAUUAGGUAUGGAAGGAAAAAAAAAAAAAUGGACUGUUACAUGCACUUUCUUGGAAAGUUGAAAGGAAGGGGGGGUCCAAUUUCUUUAACAUUUAAUACUUACUAACAACAGAGAUACUGUAAUUUUACUCAAGUAAUCAAAUACAUUUUUUUUUGCAACAGAUAAAA